CGCUUUAAAACAUUUAUACGCCGUGGGAACAUCAUUUAUACGCGCAUAUUGUAUACCAGACAGCCAAUGGAACGUAACCGACCUAGCUUUUAGGUUGUAUACCCCUUUUGUGAAUGGGUAUUUUGUUUAACUACCGUUGCCAUCGGCCUACUUUACGGUAUUCGGUGGAAUUUUUCAAGUGAAAUGUUAUCGUAUUCGAUUUAAAGGAUAGUAUUUCGGAUAAAUGACAUCGGACUAACAUAAUGAUGUGAUGACGAGGACAUCCGAAUAUGAAGAUCCGACUUAAACCGAAUCAUCAUCCGCUGAUCUUGCUGCGUGCUGCGCAUGCGCGGGUGAAAACCCACAGUAGAUUAGUCACCGUGGUCAGCGUUCUACUUGGCAUUUUUCUUUUAAUCUACGGAAAAACCAUUUUCCACGUGACUCGAGAAUUUCUUACCCACUCCAAUUUCAAUUUCAACUUAUGCAAGCGAUUUCAUCAGAUGACGCACGUGGAGACGAGGCGCAGUGCGAUACCGAAAAAUAUACACCAGGUUUUUCUGAACGUUUCUAAUAAUAGAGUUGAGUUCUUUAACGAAUAUGAACCAUACAGACGCACGUGGCAGGAUAAGAAUCCAGGAUUUAAAUAUAUCCUAUGGAAUGAAUCCAUGAUAGAGGACCUAAUUAACACCUCCUAUCCGUCCAUUGCUCCACUUUAUAAAAGAUACCGGAACGUUUGGCAGGCACGUGCGGAUAUUGCACGCUACGUCGUGGUUCAUUAUAUGGGCGGGAUCUAUGCUGACAUUGACAUCACGUGCAGGAGGAGCAUGAAUGAAUUGUUUAAAGAAAUUGGAGACAAACGUGUGGCUCUUAACUAUACCUACAACCCUUUCGGAAUAGCAAACGAUUUUUUCGUGGCGUCGAAAAAUCACGAAUUCAUGGCGCACGUUCUUGACGGGUUACAGGACGCCGACGUGUUAUACUUUACGCCAUUUUUAAACUCCAUGUUUAGGACGGGACCUAUGUACAUGCUUGGUAGAUAUUUAAACUACCCUCACCAAGAAGAUAUCUACUUCCUUCAAUCGUCACGUCUGUAUAUUUCUAGUGAAAGGAGUAACAAAUCAUGGCACGGGGUAGAUGGGUAUAUCAUUGCCAUCAUUUGGAACGGUGUAGACUCACUACAGAUAAUAAGCAUUAUUUUAUUAAUAAUUUUUAUUGUUCGCCUGAAUAAACUACUCAGAAUCCGAGCAAAACUUGUGAAAAAAUCUAGAAAGCAAGUUCAGUUUUUCGACAGAAGACGUAUGAUGCCGAUUAUAGAAGAGGAUGCCUUGUGAUAUAGAAAUGAACGCGCACCUACUCAGACACGCGAAUCAUGGGCCGUUGGAUGAAAUGGAUGAAAUGUUAAAAAACAAAGCAUCAAUACACCUAAGAUGUUUAUAAACUCCUUAUUGUAUUAGGAAAAAUAGAAAUUAAGGCUGUCAUAUCGAAUCAACUGUAAACAAGUACAUGUAUAACCAAGUUGACAAUGCGUGCCUUCCGGUCAUGUGAAAGUCCGAGCCAAAAGAAACAGUCAUUUUGGUAUGAAUUUAUCCGCGUUUAUGUACCAGUUCUAGUUCUUUUCAAUUUUUAACUGUUUUGCUCAUAAAUUAAAAUAUUUUUAUUCAGAUGUUCUGAAAAUAGUUGGAUGUUUUACAAAAUACGCCCUUUUGACGUCAUCCA